UUUCCCUUUCCCUGGGCGUUAGUGUCAAAAGCCUCUACCUCUUCCCUUUCCCUUUCCCUGGGCGUUAGUGUCAAAAGGACUAGGUCAUUGUGCUCCGAUUCCACCCUCCUUUCCUCCUCCACCCAAAAAAGUCCAAAAAAGUUUUAGUUCAACACCUAACGCCAGGUGAUCAGGACCAUCAAUGGAGGGUCGCCCUCUCACUUUUACUAAAUUUGCGCCCAGAGCACUCAACGGUGAAAAGCCGAUCUCCCGCCGACUCUCUGUGGCGUGAGAUCUCCAACCACAUUCUCAUUUCCUUGCUCGGGAGGCACAACAAAAGGCAUCACCUGUCUCAUAAUCUUCAGUGGUACGGCUGCUGUACUGAUGGAUGUGCCCGUGUCGUCGCAAAACUAGAUUUUUGACGACUACCCACUUAAUCAAAGCCACUAAAUCUCGUGAAUUUCUAGUCUCAUCAUCAUCACUGCUCGCGCUUUUUCCGAUGGGGAUGGUGAAAUUUUUUGCCUUCCUUUGGUCGGUUUCCCUUCUGGGCUUGAAGGUUCUUGUCCUGGGAAAGUUUGUAGUGGAGAAAAAUAGUCUCAGGGUGACGUCUCCGGACAGUAUCAAGGGAACUUAUGAUAGCGCUAUUGGAAAUUUUGGAGUGCCUCAAUAUGGAGGAAGUAUGGCUGGAACCGUUCUCUAUCCGAAGGAAGAUAGCAAGGCGUGCAAAGGGUUUGAUGAAUUUGAACUCUCUUUCAAGUCGAAGCCUGGUGCUCUCCCUAAUUUUGUAUUGGUUGACCGCGGAGAUUGCUUCUUUGCACUAAAGGUUUGGAAUGCUCAAAAUGCGGGAGCUGCAGCUGUCUUAGUUGCAGAUGACACAGAAGAGCCCUUGAUUACCAUGGACUCACCACAAGAGGAUGACACAACACUUAAAUAUAUUGAAAACAUAACAAUUCCAUCUGCCCUUAUUACCAAAGCAUUCAGUAAUGAACUGAAGAAAGCCAUCAGAAAUGGUGAAAUGGUCAGCGUGAACCUGGACUGGAGAGAGGCUGUUCCCCAUCCAGAUGAUCGGGUGGAAUAUGAACUGUGGACAAACAGCAAUGAUGAAUGUGGUCCCAAAUGUGACAUGCUGAUGGGGUUCAUCAAGGAUUUCAAAGGAGUAGCUCAAAUUCUUGAGAAAGGUGGUUAUAGUCAGUUUACGCCACAUUACAUAACCUGGUACUGUCCUAAGGCAUUCACAGUGAGUAAGCAAUGCAUGUCUCAGUGCAUUAACCAUGGGAGGUACUGUGCACCUGAUCCUGAGCAGGACUUCACUCAAGGCUACAAUGGGAAAGAUGUGGUGAUUGAAAACCUUAGGCAGCUUUGUGUAUUUAAGGUUGUAAGUGAGAGCAAAAGGCCAUGGAUCUGGUGGGAUUAUGUUACUGAUUUUCAGAUCAGAUGUCCGAUGAAGGAAAAGAAGUACAACAAGGAAUGUGCUGAUGCAGUGAUCAAAUCUCUUGGUCUUGAUCACAAGAAGAUAGAAGAUUGCAUGGGAGAUCCAGAUGCUGAUACUGAAAACCCUGUCCUCAAGGCAGAGCAAGAUGCACAAAUUGGAAAAGGAUCUAGGGGUGAUGUUACCAUACUUCCUACUCUUGUAGUGAAUAAUCGCCAAUAUCGAGGAAAGCUGGACAGGGGUGCUGUACUCAAAGCAAUUUGUGCUGGUUUUCAGGAAACAACCGAACCUUCUGUCUGCCUGAGUCCUGAUAUGGAAACAAAUGAAUGUUUGAAUGACAAUGGUGGUUGCUGGCAAGACAAAGCUUUGAAUGUCACUGCUUGUAAGGAUACAUUUCGUGGGCGGGUAUGUGAGUGCCCGCUGGCUCAAGGUGUACAGUUCAAGGGAGAUGGUUAUAGCUCUUGCGAAGCAAAUGGACCAGGAAGAUGCAAGCUCAAUCAUGGAGGCUGUUGGCACGAAAGUCGAAACGGAUUAACUGCCUCUGCAUGUUCUGACCAGACCAAUGGAUGCAAAUGUCCUUCUGGAUUCAGAGGUGAUGGGUUCAAGAAAUGUGAAGAUAUCAAUGAAUGUAAGGAGAAGACAGCUUGUCAGUGUCCAGAAUGCCACUGUGAUAAUACAUGGGGAGGCUAUGAGUGCCAUUGUAGUGGGGAUCUUCUGUACAUCAGAGACCAUGAUACCUGCAUAAGUAAGAAGGCUCAAGAAGCAAAGACCAUAUGGACAGCUGUCUGGGUGAUUUUGGUUGGUUUGGCUGUGGCUGCACUAGGUGCAUAUAUUGUCUACAAGUAUAGACUGAGGUCUUACAUGGAUUCAGAAAUCAGGGCAAUUAUGGCUCAAUACAUGCCACUUGAUAGCCAAUCGGAGGUCCCAAGCCAUUCCCAUGAUGAGCAUGCACAAAAUCAAAAUGGUUAAGGAGCUAUUUGUCUUGAUUCCACAAGAUGAUUUAAAAAGAAAGUGAAGAUGGUUUCCAAGGUUUGCAUGACUGCAAAUUCAUCCACCAAGGGAGAAGAUAGAUUCACGUGCAUGUUUUUUUCAUUUGCCACUUAUAGUCUGCAAACAGGUGCUGCUUCAAUGCAAAAUCACAUGUCAGUACUGUAGCAAUAACGGGACAAGCAGUGACAGCAAGAAGUAUGUUUCUGUUCGGAAAGAAUCAUUUGGUUUCAAAGCUUCAAUAUCCAUGUAAACUGGACUCUGAAUCUUCAAACUGUGUUUCGCAAUGUGUCAGUUUAAUUUGGAACCUUGGGAGAUCAAAGAUCGUUGUUGAGCUGGCAUCUGUCAAUUUUUUAGCUGCUGCAGUUAUUAUUGUA